GAAUAGUGAAAUCGAAUGGGCACAGCUCUAGUGCUCACUGCUCACAGAACAUAAAAUUCUGUAGGCUAGCCUUCAAUGUACUUUAUAGUUAUAGACUAGCCUAGGCCUUAAAGAGGUUAUUCCUGGAUGAUGUUGCCUUUGUUAUUUCAGCCAUAACGUUUUGAUGUUGUCCAGAACUUUUUCAUAUGUUCAUGGCAAGGCCUAGGCCUAGGACAAGGAGAAAGGCAGUGUACUGAUACUGGACCAUAAUAACAACGGAUUCUAAUAACAAGGAUUAUACGAAUUUCAUGACAAGCGACAUUCCACUUCCGGGUCAUUGCUGAAUGUUUACGUACGUCGUGCUGCUCCCUGUUUCUCUCUGGCCUAUCUUUGAUGUUGAAGCACUGUGUGUUGAAGUUAUCUCUCGAGUCAUCUGGAUCUAAGACGUUUGCGACUCAUUGCUCUUGAUGGUAGAAGUAGAUAUGUGAGAUAUGUUUAUCUGUGUUUUUGAACCUCAACUAAAGGCUAAACUGUGCUGAUAGUUUUUCCAACAAAAAAUCAUGUCACAGUGUUCAAGACUCUUGUUUGUUGCUUUCAUUUUCCUUUGGUCAAAUGCACUGAUUGGCCAUUCAGCUGUCGUCGAGGCAGAGGCGGAAUCACAAGAUGAGCAAGCCUUGAAUGUCGAAACUGAUAAUUUGCAGUCUAGAUCUAGACCUAUAAGGAAUUACUAUGGCCGAAUGCGGAAGCAGGCUGGCGAUAACGCAAACGACCAUAUCGUGACUACUCCUGCCCCUGUGGUGGAGUCAACACAAAACAUUUCAAGCGGAAACGCCACGGCCGACGUGAACGCCACGCGGAGCGAGACAGGAGGAGGGGCGGGGGAGGAGGAGCAGAAGAAGGUGCCUCCGACAGAGGAGCCCGAGGAGGAGAAGGAGGGAGGUCUCCCCGCUAAGGGCGCGGCAGAGGAGGAGCAUCACAGCAGUCUCACCAUCUUCUUUAUUCUGCUCGUUGUCGCGAUAUCCAUUCUGGUGGUCCAUCUUCUGAUCCAGACCAAGUUCCACUAUCUCCCCGACAGCAUCGCCAUUGUUCUCAUUGGUGCUCUCAUUGGAUUAAUUCUGAAGCUUUCCAAGUUUGGAAAUUGGAAAAAUGAGGAGGCCUUCCCACCCACCGUGUUCUUCAUUGUGCUGUUGCCGCCCAUCAUCUUUGAGGGAGGAUACAAUCUGCAUAAGGGCAACUUCUUCCACAACAUUGGCUCCAUCCUGGUGUUUGCCGUCUUCGGCACCGUCAUCUCGGCCGUCAUUGUUGGGGGCGGAGUCUACCUCCUGGGACAGGCAGAAGUAGCGUACAAGCUGGACCUGGUGGAGAGUUUUGCGUUCGGAUCCCUCAUCUCAGCUGUUGACCCUGUGGCUACCCUGGCCAUCUUCCAAGCCCUGGACGUUGACCCCAUUCUGUACAUGUUGGUGUUUGGAGAGUCCAUGCUCAACGACGCUGUCUCCAUUGUGCUCACCACCACCAUGCUUGAAUUUGCCUCGCCCACGGCUGUGGUCACCAGCGGGACAGCCGCCUUCUUCCAGGCCUUGAGUCGCUUCUGUCUCAUGUUCUUUGCCUCGGCCGCCAUUGGCGUGGCUUUUGGUCUGGUCAGUGCCAUGCUGACAAAGUUCAUCGAUCUCCACAAAACUCCCUCCCUGGAGGUGGGCAUCGUCUUCUGUUUCUCCUACCUGCCGUAUGCCCUCGCUGAAGGAAUUCAUUUGUCAGGUAUCAUGGCCAUCCUGUUCUGUGGUAUCGUCAUGUCUCACUACACCCAUCUCAACCUGUCCCCCGUGUCGCAGAUCACCGUGCAGCAGACGUUUCGCACCAUCGCUUUCAUCGCAGAAACCUGUGUGUUUGCCUAUCUAGGACUUGCAAUAUUUAGCUUCAAAGUGAACGUGAAACCUGCCUUCACCAUCUGGAGCAUUAUUCUGAUUCUGCUGGGUAGAGCAUUUAAUAUCUUCCCUUUGUCUUUCCUGAUGAACUUUUUCCGAGAGCACAAAAUCACCCGCAAGAAUCAGUUCAUCAUGUGGUUUAGUGGUCUCCGUGGUGCUGUGGCAUUUGCCCUGAGCUUACAUCUGGAGAUCGAGGCGGAGAAGCACUUCGUCCUGGUCACCACCACCCUCAUCCUGGUGCUCUUCACCAUUGUCUUCCUUGGAGGCUCCACCAUGCCCCUGCUCAAGUUUCUUCAAUCGUCUGACAAAAAGUACAAGAAAAGGAAAAAGAGUGAGGGACAAGUGUCUAUGAGCAAAACGAAGGAAAUGGGCGACGCCAUUGACUCGGAACAUUUAUCUGAGCUUACAGAGGAGGAUGAGACACACAUUGUGAGGCCGCAUCUCAAGGGCUUCCUCAAGCUGGAUGCUCGCUAUCUCAUCCCGUUCUUCACCAAGAGGUUCACACAGCAGGAGGUGAGAGAGGGCAAGAGCCAGGUGGACCUGCUGACCAGCCAGUGGCAGAUGGAGGUCCGGGCGGCACCCUCGGAGUCGGAUGAGGAAAAUAUCGAGAUGGAGACGUCUCUCAUUCCGCAGGCCAGCUCGGGGGGACUGUUGCAUAACGGUAGCAACGGGAGUAAUACGCGCAUGUGAUGGUUGCAGGGGAGGGAUUGAAGAGUGAGGGAGAAGGAUUAUUAGUGUGUGUGUGUGCGUAUGUACUUGCGGGCGUGCGUGCGUGCGUGCGUGCGUGCGUGCGUGCGUGAGAGAGAGAGAGAGAGAGAGAGAGAGAGAGAGAGAGAGAGAGAGAGAGAGAGAGAGAGAGAGAGAGAGAGAGAGAGAGAGAGUAAACUAACAUGAAUACAACCAAAUUGAGCCAUACAUACUCAUAUGUGAGGUGUGCUGACAAAAUUAUUUAGUUCUUGGACUUUAAAAAUAGAUACCUCAAAUUUUGGUUGAGUUUGUACAAUUUAUUUGUAUGAACUGAUAAAAGACAUGUUAAGCUUAGGAAGAAUAGAAUCAGUUGAAGAUCUUCAAAUUCAACCCCUGUGUUGAUUUUUCGGCUAUCAUUUUGUCAGCAUGCCUCACAUAUGACUGUUUUUAUUUAUGAGUGCCGUAAAACGUUUACCAAACAAAUACAACAAAUCAGACAUGUGUUACAAGAGCUGGUGGGCACGCAUAAUGUGUGUGAAUGUGGAGAGAGGAUGACGCAAUUGAUGUGUGGGUGGUACAAGAAGGGGAUUGUGAGACAGAAAAAUGUCUCUGUGGAUUCCACAGAUUUGUUCUAAGAGACUCUCAAAGAUGGAAUUGGUCAUGUCUGGGAAGUUUUUGCUUGAUUGGCAUCUCAUAUAUUCAUGACUUCAUAAUGAUAGUGGUCAUAGUAAUUAUUAUGAUAACAUAAUGAUGAUGAUGAUUAUGAUGAUGAUAACCUUAUUCCUAUUUUACAAGUGAUCAUAUCAGUGAUAAGAACAAAUUAUGUUGAAAGAAUAAUACAAGUGUGUGGUGGUUAUAUUUUCCAUUUUUCACAAUGCUGAACAAUGCUCAAUUUGCUUUGCAAUAAUAAAAUGUAAGACAUGGGUACAUUCAUCGGAUUAUCAUCAAAAGGUGAGGAUGUGGUGAGGAAAUAGAGAAAGAAAAUCCUCACCACUCAUCCAUUCUCACAACAUACAGUUUUUCCAACUUUCAGAAUUGUAAUAAUAUUUGCUCUGAGUCAGGCCUAGACUAGCAUAUCCAGGUUGCAGACUGAAUUAAGCGAAUUUGAAAAUCUUGCAGGCUAAAGCGAGUGUGUUUUGGGUGAAAUUAGUUGAAAUGUUCAAGCUCUCAAAAAUGAGACAAAAACUGACUCUAUAGUGUAUGUCGCUCAUGGGUAUUUCUUGAGAUAAAACAGUAGACCUAUUGCUUCCAGCUGGGCUGGAAACUACUUAUUCGAAUUUUCGAGGCGGACAAUUCUGUUUUCAUUGAUUAUAAUUAUCAGUUCUCUACCGGCCACUUUCAUUAUUUCGUGUAAUGUCUGGAUUGACUGACGGGUUAAACUGAAACAGCUCACAGGCGGGAUCUACAUGUAGUCUGCUGGCUGGAGUCUGCCCAUACCUGCUACAAGCCAACUUGGCUUCAGAGAAUGAGAGAUAAGAUUACAUCAAAGCAUGUCUCAAAUUUUCACAAUACACUUUACUUCGUGUUUCGGGAGAAGACGAACUUCAGACGUUUUGUGCAAUACCCUUUGUGAAUUUGAUUUAAAUAGCACCCUGUGUAAUUUGAAGUUAAAAAUAAAAUGUCUAUAUUAUAUAAUGUA